AUGUCGUGCGCAGAGCGCUGCCGCUGCGGCGCGGGCGGCCGGCGGCACGGCAGCAUCCUCUACAGCAUCCUCAAGAGCCAGGGGCAGCCGGAGAGGAGGCAGCAGCCGCCGCGGCCGCCGUGUCCCGCGGGGCCGGGUCCGCGGGCGCGGCGGGCGCAGCCGGGCGGCGGCUGCUCGUGCGGCGCGCGGCGGCGCGUGGCGCUCAGGUGCCCGCAGGCGGCCUGCAAGGCGGCCUCGGCCGUGCUCGUGAAGACGCUGCGCUUCGUGCGGAACGUGCCCUGCUUCCAGGGGCUGCCGCCCGACGAGCAGCUGCUGCUGGUGCGCAGCUGCUGGGCGCCCCUGCUCGUGCUGGGGCUGGCGCAGGAGCGCGUGCACCUGGAGACGGUGGAGAGCGCGGAGCCCAGCAUGCUGCAGCGCAUCCUCAGCGGCCGCCGCCACGGCGAGCAGCACCCGCCCGCCGCCGCCGGGCACAUCCAGGCCAUCAAGGGCUUCCUGGCCAAGUGCUGGAGCCUGGACAUCAGCACCAAGGAGUACGCGUACCUCAAGGGCACGGUGCUCUUCAACCCGGAUCUACCUGGACUGCAGUGCACACAGUAUAUCGAAGGACUGCAAAGGGAAGCACAACAAGCUCUAAAUGAACAUGUCAGAUUGAUUCACAGAGGUGAUGAAGCCAGAUUUGCCAAGCUGAAUGUUGUUUUAUCCUUGUUAAGAUCUAUUAAUGCUAAUGUAGUUGCUGAACUGUUCUUUAGACCUAUCAUUGGCACAGUGAACAUGGAUGAUAUGCUCUUGGAAAUGCUUUGUGCAAAAUUAUAAAGGCAUGUAAAACAAUGAAAAUAAAUCCAAUAUCAAGGAAGCCCUAGAGCAGAAUAGUGUAAAGUACUGUAAAUAAACUAACUUAUUGUUUUUACAUAGAUAGUAUUUUUGUAUUCAAUAAUAAAAUAUGCUUUAAGUUCUGAAACGUAAUUUUUAUUAAACAUACUGUUUUUGGAUUUCAUAAGAUUUCAGUCAUCAAAAUAAGCUUUAAAAUUGUUAAGAGUCUUCAUUUUCCAAAGUGGACUGACAAUUCUUUUACCAUUCUCUGAAUAAAGAUCAUACUUACUAUAUUGUACUUCUAAGAUGAGUAAUCCC